CGCCGAAUGGCGAGCUACACCUGGUCUAGCGGCCGAUCUCUCCACGAUUUGCUAGAUCGGCGCGCAUAACUCAGUCCUUACGCGCAAAAUCGUAACGACAGUCAGGCCAGGAUUGAUUCGUUAGGUUGAUGCUUCGCUGUGCUCAGUCUCGUAUGCUCCAUUGCUCAUUUCGACACUUCUAUAUAACACUCUUGACGUCCAGAAUUGCAUAAUGUAUAACGAAUCUGACGAUAUCGAGCUCCACCGGCCGUACGCUGACAGGGGCUUUGGGACGAUAGGCGGCUCAGACUUCAAUCACGCACCCGAUCCCAAAAUCAAAGCCGAAUGCGAGAGAUUACGUCGUCAAGCGAGAGAAGCAGACGAUGAGAGGAAUAAAUGCUUUCAGGAGUCCCGCGAGGCAUAUAACAAUGGCGACGGGGCCCGCGCGAAACAAUUGAGCAAUGAGGGCAAGAAGCAUGGUAAGGAAUCGGAUGAUCUCGACGAGGAGGCGAGCAAUAAGAUAUUCAAAGCAAACAACCCCGGAUACGAAAAAGAUUUUCCUUUGGAGGUGAUGGAUCUACAUGGCCAACUUGUCCACGAGGCUGUGAAGAGGGUUGCGGACCAGAUUCAGACGAACCAACAGAACGGGCUAACCCAUCUUCACGUCAUCGUCGGAAAGGGAAUUCAUAGUGCCGGUCAUGUACAGAAACUCAAGCCAGCCAUCGAGGACCUCUGCCGCGACAUGGGCCUCCACUACGAAACAGAGGAGAAUGCCGGGCGUAUUUAUGUCGAUUUGCAAGGCGACCACGUGCCACAAAUGCCGCCUCUGCCACCGAAGCCCGCGUCGCAACAUGCUGGGUACGGCGAACAACCCUAUGGUGGUUAUCAACAACAAGAUUACUAUCCUGGGCAACAGCAGCAACACCAUGGCGGACAAACCCAGCAAGAGGAACAGUAUGACGAGAUCGAAAAGCUCGUUACGAAGCUGUUUAAGAAAUAUUGCUGUACCGUCAUGUAGGAGAAUACUUCGGAUCUACAGGACCAGGUUGGAACAAAAUAAAGCGAUAUUGCAUUGGGUUAGUUGGGGCAUUUAAGCCUGACUCUUCCUCGACGGAUUCUAGACAUAGACAAGCAAGACGACGAUUAAUGACUAAAGAUCACAUGUGGGAAAGAAAGGUUCAUGGCGACUUCUAGGUGGGACACAUUUAGGAGAGGAAUAGGCCACGGUGGCUGGAGAGUCAACGAGCAAACAAAGCGGACUAUGCCACCUCACUAG